GAAGGCAAUCUAUACCAGUUCUAAUGAGGUAAGAAGAUUAUGUAUACAUAUAUUAUUGGUAUUGCUUAUUUUGAUAAAUUUAAUUUCAAAUUUAUCCAGAUAUUAUUAUUUUUAUCUCUCAUAUCAAACAAACCGCUGAGAUACUGAACCUUAGAGGCUUAUACUAGGCUUCAUAACCAAAGAGAAGUGGAAGACGAAGACAUUGGUAAAAAGUGGCUGACCCCAUUAUCCACGCCAUUGACUUAGCGACCCCAACGCAGCAAGUCUUCCAUUAUUAUAUAAAACCCUAAUAUAAAUACAAAUCGAUCAAUACAACAAUAUUCCAACCAACACAAAUAAUUAAACAAAUUCACUUUCCCAUCCACAAAAAAAUGGAUCACAUUUUCACUCCAAUUCUAUAUGUUCUCUCUCUCUACAUCAUCACAAAACAUUUCAUACGUAAAUUCAGAAAUCAUCCACCAGCUCCAUUUCUAACAUUCCCUAUUAUUGGCCAUCUUUAUCUCUUCAAGAAACCUCUUCAACGUACCUUAGCCAAAAUCUCCAAUUCUCAUGGCCCUGUCCUCCUUCUCGAAUUCGGUUCACGUAACGUUCUUUUGGUAUCAUCUCCAUCGGCAGCUGAAGAAUGUUUUACAAAGAAGGAUAUUGUUUUCGCGAAUCGACCUCGUUUAAUGGCAGGGAAACAUAUUGGAUAUAAUUACACUUCGUUGGCUUGGAGUUCUUAUGGUGAUCAUUGGAGGAAUUUGCGGAGGAUUACUUCUGUUGAGAUGUUUUCCAAUCAUCGUCUGCAAAUGCUUCAUGGAAUUCGUGUUGAUGAAGUCAAAUCUAUGGUUAAGAGGAUUAAUUCCAUUGCUGUGGCUCAGAAAUCUGUGGAUAUGAAGUCCCUGUUUUUUGAGCUGAUGUUGAAUGUCAUGAUGAGGACAAUUGCUGGAAAAAGAUACUACGGAGAGAAGGUGGAGGACAUCGAAGAAGCUAAGAGAUUCAGGGAUAUUGUGCAGGAGACAUUCAGGAUCGGCGGGGCGACGAAUAUUGGGGACUUUCUGCCAGCUUUGAAGCAGUUGGUGAAGAAAUUGGAGAAGAGUUUAAUUGUGUUGCAACAGAAUAGAGAUGACUUUAUGCAGGGACUGAUCAAAGAUUGCAGAAAGAGAAUGGAGAAACAAGGUAGUAUUACUGAUUCAGAAAUUGAGGGGAAUAAGAAGUCAUUGAUUGAAGUGUUGUUAACACUGCAAGAAAAGGAACCUGAAUAUUACAAAGAUGAAAUCAUCAGAAGCCUUAUGCUUGUACUAUUGUCAGCAGGGACUGAUACUUCAGUUGGGACAAUGGAAUGGGCUUUAUCUCUAAUGUUAAACCAUCCUGAAACACUGAAGAAGGCACAAGCUGAAAUCGACGAACGUAUAGGACAUGAACGUCUAGUUGAUGAGUCAGACAUCAACAAUCUACCUUACCUACGUUGCAUAAUAAACGAGACGUUUAGAAUGUACCCUGCAGGACCUUUGUUAGUCCCUCACGAGUCGUCUGAGGAGACCACCGUGGGAGGUUACCGUAUACCUGGAGGCACAAUGUUGCUUGUGAAUUUGUGGGCUAUUCACAAUGACCCUAAGCUUUGGGAUGAACCAAGAAAGUUUAAGCCAGAAAGAUUUGAAGGACUAGAAGGUGUUAGAGAUGGGUACAAAAUGAUGCCUUUUGGUUCUGGAAGGAGGUGUUGUCCUGGAGAAGGAUUGGCUGUUCGAAUGGUUGCUUUGUCAUUGGGAUGUAUUAUUCAGUGCUUUGAUUGGCAAAGAAAUGGCAAAGAAUUGGUUGAUAUGAUUGAAGGAACUGGACUCACCUUGCCUAAAGCUCAACCCUUGGUGGCUAAGUGUAACCCGCGACCGAUAAUGGCUAAUCUUCUUUCUCAGAUUUGAACAGAAAUGGUUUCGAACUACGUGAGCAAAAGUAGAAUAUUAUUCAUAUUGGUCAUCUGUGAUAAUGUGUCAAUUUUGAAUCAUGUUGUAUCUCAAUGUAUUCCUUGCUUAUCCUAUGUGUAUGAUCAGGUGCAUAAUAAGCAGUAAAAUUUCUUUGUAAAAGACCCUUAGUGUGUUAGGUAUGAAUUUUCUCAUGUUCGUCUGCUCAAAAAUUUUGGAGAACAUUUCCUCUUAGAAAAUAAGUUCCUUAAAAAUGAAUAAAAUGAUUUUCCUCAUGAAAGCGGGGAAAAUGAUUUUCCUGAUA